AUGACCACACAAAUCCCACACAGGUGUACAGUCCUGGUCAUCGGCGGCGGCCCUGGCGGCUCCUACACGGCCUCCGUGCUGGCCCGCGAAGGCAUCGAUACAGUCUUGCUAGAAGCCGAGUCCUUCCCGCGCUACCAUAUCGGCGAAAGCAUGCUGCCGUCAUUCCGCCACUAUUUGCGAUUCAUUGAUGCGGAUAAAGCGUUUGAUCAGCAUGGGUUUACCAAAAAGGUCGGCGCAGCGUUUAAAUUGACGCCGGAGAAUAGCGAGGGAUGGUCCGACUUCCUCGCCUUCGGUGGCCCAACAGGCCACACCUGGAACGUGAUCCGAUCUGAAGCAGACGAGAUGCUCUUCCGGCAUGCUGGAAAGAGCGGUGCAAGGACCUUCGAUGGGGUCAAGGUGACUGACAUUCAGUUCAAGUCUGGACCGAGUCGUAGCCCUACCCCCAGCACCACCUCUGCCUCUAGCACCACCACCAAUGAUGCAGAGAUCGGCCGCCCUAUAUCGGCCUCGUAUCUCCGCAAAGACAACAACCUCGCAGGAACAAUUAGUUUCGACUACCUCGUCGAUGCAACCGGGCGUGCAGGCCUGCUGGGGACAAAGUAUCUCAAGAACCGACGCUAUAACAAGACACUGAAGAACGUCGCGAAUUGGGCCUAUUACCGCAACAUAGGCAAGUACGGCAAGAACACCAGGAGGGAGAACUCACCCAUCUUUGAGGCUCUGCAUGUAAAAGGUGCCAACAUCGAAGCAGACGAAAGCGGCUGGGCCUGGCUCAUCCCUCUGCACAACGGAACGACCUCGGUCGGCGUCGUGCGAAGCCAGGCCAUUGCCACCGAGAAGAAGAGCGCGGCUGCAAGUCUCGAAGCAUAUUUCGAGGAUGCGCUGACUCUCGCACCGAUGCUAUCUGGCAUUCUCCACCAGAACAGCGCCUCUGAAAUGGUAACCACCAUCAAAUCUGCAUCGGACUACUCAUACCACAGCACCAGAUAUUCGCUUCCGUACGCGCGCAUUGUCGGCGACGCGGGCUGCUUCAUCGACCCGUUCUUCUCGUCCGGCGUGCACCUCGCGCUGACUGGCGGCCUUGCAGCGGCAACCACCAUCGCGGCAAGUAUCAGGGGUGACGUGUCGGAAGAAACAGCGGCAAAGUGGCACUCCGCCAAAGUCAGUGAAGGGUACUCGUGGUUUUUGCUGGCCGUGCUGGCCGCGUACAGGCAAAUGCGGAACCAGGGGGUCGAUGUGCUGAAUGGGCUCGGCGAGGCCAACUUCGAUCGUGCAUUCGACUUGUUCAGACCUAUCAUCCAAGGCUCAGUCGAAACACCUGGCGGCAUCACGAAGACCGAGUUCUCCAGGACGAUUGACUUUUUCUUGAAGACACUGGACGAGCAAUUUGAGCGCAAUGAGGAAAUAUCUGACGACGAUGAGCCAUUGGGCUGGGGGGAUCCAAUAAAUAAGUCUCGGGAAAGGAGCGGGGGUGUGGAGGACGAGAGCGAUACGGAGAUCUUGAAAGCGCUGCGUAAGAGCUACGGGAACAACCUCCUGAGUAUUGGCGGAUUCACGACUGAUGUGGUCGAGGGGAGGGUGCCGCGGUUGGAGAGAGGGAGGUUGACUCUGGUGUUGGCAGAGGAGAAGAAGUGA